UCUGAAUUUCAUUUUCAGCUGAACUUAAAUGGCACCAAGGAAAACCUACUUAGUUUAGAUUUCAAGAAAUUGAUUGGUGAAGAUUAAACAUGAAGUUGGCACCUUUGUUAUCUUUCCUACUACUUGCUACUUUCCAAAUAGACUUUGGACAAAAUAAAGAAACUAUUAGGAAACAAAGAAUAAAGUAUUACAGAAGAUUAAAGGAAAAUCCCCCACGUAACCAUAGGUCCAAUAAACAGUUUGGGGUACAGCAAACAUCUACUGUUACACCAGUAGCAAGAUUUCCUAUUGUUAACGUUGGUUAUAAUGUGGAGGAAAGAUCUGAAUCAUUUUUAAGUCUUCUUGGAGAAGAAUCAAGUUACAGCGUGGUACCAGAACAAAGAGAACCUAUCAUUUUAUCUCAUAAGCAACUACCAUCUAUUCAUGUGGAAAUGGAUGAAGACUUAAGAAAAAAAGUGUCCCAAUCUGAGGAAGAGGAGUAUAAAUUAAUUAAAGAAGAUGAGAUGGAGAAAAAAAAUAAAAACUUUGAACCCCAAGAUCAAGAGAAACUGCAAAAUGAGGAAGAGAGCAGAGAGAAAGAGCAAAAUCAGACAUCUCAAGAGGAGGAACAGGUAUUUCAAAGAUGGGAGGAGAAAGAAGAUACUGUCGGAGUAAAUGUUUACAGGAUGUCUUCUCCAUUUCCAAUGGCUGAUCCUCCUAGAGACAUACUGUCUUUGCCAAGCAGGUGCUUUCUGUCAUACAAGACCAUAAGCUGCAUAAAUGCAGAGCUCACACAAAUACCGCCAAUAGUAGCAUCAGGAAUAACAAGUCUGGAGCUUGCUGGGAAUUCCAUCACUUCCAUUCCUAAUGAAGCAUUUAAUGGAUUACCUAAUUUGGAAAGGCUGGAUCUGAGCAAAAAUAUUAUCACUUCUUCAGGCAUAGGUCCCAAAGCAUUCAAGUGUCUGAAGAAGUUAAUGCAGCUGAAUAUAGAUGGAAACAACCUGAUACAGAUCCCUUCAGAAUUGCCAUCUACAUUAGAAGAACUUAAAAUUAAUGCAAACAAUCUCCAGGGUAUCGGUGAAAAAAGUUUAUCAGACUUACGUCAGCUGGUCACCUUAGAAUUGGAAGAAAACAGUCUCAGUGAAACUAGUGUCAAUCCUUUAGCUUUCAAACAUUUGAAGAGCCUAUCCUACCUUCGCCUAGGAAAAAAUAAAUUUAGAAUUAUACCACAGUGCCUUCCUGCUUCUAUUGAGGAAUUAUACUUGGAAGAUAACCAAAUUGAACAAAUAACUGAAGUUUGUUUCAAUCAUACCAGAAUGAUAAACGUCAUUGUACUUCGUUAUAAUAAAAUUGAAGAAAAUAGGAUUGCUCCUUUAGCCUGGAUAAAUCAAGAAAAUCUAGAAUCCAUUGAUCUCUCUUACAACAAGCUCUAUCAUGUUCCCUCCUAUUUACCAAAGUCGUUGCUGCACCUGGUGUUAAUCGGGAAUCAAAUUGAACGAAUUCCUGGCUAUGUGUUUGCUCACAUGGAGCCUGGACUGGAAUACUUGUACCUGUCAUUUAAUAAACUUGGGGAUACUGGAGUGGACCCUGUUUCUUUCCAUGGAGCAUAUCAUUCUCUGAGAGAAUUAUUUCUGGAUUAUAAUGACUUCAAAUUUAUACCACCUGGGAUACAGGAUAUGAAAGCACUCUAUUAUCUGAGGCUGAACAACAACAAGAUACGGAAUAUCCUUCCAGAACAAAUUUGCAAAGCUGAAGAAGAUGGUGAUUCAACUCUGGAGCAUCUUCAUUUUGAAAACAAUUACAUUAAAAUAAGAGAAAUAUCACCCUCUGUAUUUUCAUGCAUAAGAUCAUUUUCAAGUAUUAUUCUUAAACCACAAAAUAUCAAGUAA